CGGUGCCAGGCCCAGUCAGGCCGGCUAGCGAUUAUUGGGUCUCGUUACCGUGGCAUGCCUAGAGUAAGGUGAAGACAGGAAAAAGUACAAUGGAUAUAUGCUCCAUAGCUGUUACUUGCUUGAUAAUUCUCAAUAGCCUGUUCAUCACUGUCUUCAGCACCAAGGAUGUAGCCAUUGAUGACAAUGGCUAUAUAUUAUUUUGUCCAUGCAUGGGUCGAUUUGGAAAUCAGAUGGACUACUUCUUAGGCACCUUAGGGUUCGCCAAGGCCCUGAACAGAACGCUGGUUCUGGCGCCAUGGGUUGAAUAUCGUAUGUAUCAGCCUAAGUCAAUUCAGGUGCCAUUUGACGAAUACUUUCGGGUUGAUGCGGUCGCGCGGUUCCAUCCUGCGAUUACCAUGGAAACGUUCAUGGACGAGAUUGCACCAACCAUCUGGCCACCAGAGAAGAGGAUUUCGUUCUGCCACCAGAAACGGCAGUCUUUCGGCGGCAAGCCCAAUGACCCGUGCGCCUCUAAGAACGGUAAUCCGCCGGGCCCCUUCUGGGACACAUACGAGAUCGACUUCGUCGGCUCCGAGCUUCAUGGUCCGCUCUCUUACGACGUGCACAACGUGCCGGGCGAGGCGGAACGGUGGCGCCACCGCUACCCGGCCGACCGCUGGCCAGUGUUGGCGUUCGCUGGCGCGCCGGCCUCGUACCCGGUGCUGGAGCAGAACGCGGCGCUCCAGCGGCACUUCCAGUGGUCGGACAAGGUGGCGCGGCGCGCCGCGGCCAUCAAGAGCCGGCUGCCGGUCGGACCGUACGUGGGCGUCCACCUGAGGCUCGGCUCCGACUGGGAGAAGGCGUGCGAGCACGUGCGGGACGCCGCCAGCAACAUGUUCUCGUCGGCUCAGUGUCUGGGCUACCGGCGUGAGCACGGCAAGCUCUCGCACGCGCUCUGCUACCCGCCCUGGAGCACGGUCGUGCGCCAGGUGCGCCGGGCCGUCAAGCGCGUGCAGGCCGUGGCGCUGUACGUGGCGACGGACGCCCCCGACCGGCUGGGUCCGCUCCGCCGCGCCCUGGCCAACUCUGAUCUGGAGAUCGUGACGGGGCAGCCGGACGGCUCGGACGGCGACUCGGACCCGCACGCCGACCUAGCCGUGCUGGGCCGCGCCAACUUCUUCAUCGGCAACUGCGUCUCCUCCUUUACGGCUGUGGCCAUACGGGAGCGCGCCGCGCUCGGCCUGCCGUCCGGCUUCUGGACCUUCCCGCCCGAGCCGGAGCGGCGCUCCCAGCGGCCGGACGACGAGCUGUGAACGGCGGCGGGGACCAGACGGUCCGGUGACGGUCCGGUGACGGUCCGGUGACGUGUCGGUGACGCGCCGUUGACGUGCCGGUGACGGGCCGGUGACGCGCCGGUGACGUGUCGGUGGCGGUCCGGUGACACGCCGGUGGCGGACGUGCCGUCUCGCCCUUUCGGCCGCUUGUGAGGGUGCUCGGCAGCCUGCGCUGUGUGCCCGACUGUGAUAUGCCAGCGACGCCCGGGUGUCGCCCAGGCUUCCAGCGACCGCUCGCCCCGGCCGCGGUGUACGUGAUCUCCAGUGGUAGCGCAUCGAUCGACUUUGUUUACAUCUCCAGAUGGUCGCUGACGGCAGUCUGUGCGUUUUAAAGCGUCGUGGUUUCGUGACGUUUCAUUCUUUGUUGUGGCCGUUCGUGUUUCCCUGCUAAAAACGGCUGGGCAUCUGAAAUGAACAGCAGGAGCAGCAGCACAUUUCUCGUUCCAUGCGGCCCCUCGACAGUCAUUCGUGUGCACCUAUGCUAUGUACUUGACGUCGACCUUUGUUUUUUACUGAUGCAUCAGUAUGUGGCACGGAAGCAGACAUACAAACACACACACAAACAAACAAACAAACAAACAAACAAACAGACAGACAGACAGACAGACAGACAGACAGACAGACAGACAGACAGACAGACAGACAGACAGACAAUCGCUCACGCAGCUCUGGAGGCGCUGUAACGCGACACGCGUUACAGCGCUUUAUCGCCUAGCGCUUUCCUUUACAGCGUAAAGGCGCGUCAUCUGCCAAAUCCAGCUUCCGCCGGAGGUGCGCUCAGAGCACCCCACAAUGACACUCAGAAAUGUUCUUGUAAGCCUAGCUCAUUUGGCGUCCACUCAACACGCCGUACGCCAUGGCCUCGCGUGGGUGCGUUUACUCUGCUCUUUGGUGUCGUUCAUUUUACUGGUUUUGACCUGGCCUAUGCCUGCCAUGAUGUGCGUCGCGAAAAGAUCUGCUGAGCUACUGUGCAUUGCUUGUCAUUACUACAUGUGAUCGAAAUCUUAAGUUAUCAGCUAUGGUAGCACGGGUAUUGUGGCAUAACUCAGCUAAGAUGUCGGCAAGUGAACAAUACAUGUUA